AUGGAAGCGGCCCGGAAAGGUCAUCUCGAUCCUGAUAUUGCCUUUGAUAAUAUAGAAGAAGUUCAACGUCCAAGGUCUGUCUUCGUCACAGGUGCUACUGGCUUUGUCGGUGCUUUCAUUCUGCGCGAGCUCCUCGAGUUGGGUAUUGCCGCCCACUGUUUGGUACGUGCCGAGGGCGUCAAACACGGCCAGCAGCGGUUGGUAGAGUCGCUCGCCAGCUACGACCUCUGGAAGCACGACUAUGCGCCACUACUCAACCCAGUUGUUGGCGAUGCAGCAAAGCCUUUGUUUGGUUUGACCAACGUGGCUUUUGAUGACCUGGCCAACCGUGUCGAUGCUAUUUGCCAUUCAGGCGCCCUAGUCGACUGGUUGCGGCCCCUGAAUGAUUAUAUCGGCCCUAACGUCAUCAGCACGCAUGAGGUCUUGCGCCUAGCCUCGCGUGGCCGUGGAAAGGCAGUCCAUGUUAUAAGUACUCUCGCGACCUUGCCCAUGCAUGUGGGCUAUGAUGUUCCCGAGCACGAUCGAGAAUACGGUUACUCCACCUCCAAAUACAUUGCAGAGCGCAUGGUGGCCGCGGCACGAUGGCGCGGAGCCAGGGCCUCUGUGUACCGUGUGCCCUUUGUCGCUGCCUCGGCCGCGACCGGUCACUUCCGAAUGGGAAGUUUCCCCUCCGUGGACGCCGAUCUUUCGGUUGUGCAACCCGUCGAUUACCUGAGCAAAACCGUUGUUGCCAUCAUGGUCCACGACCGGUCCCGGAUUGGACACGACUUCGAUUUUGUCAACAAGCAUGCGGUGAGCUGCAACCAUUUCUUCCAGCUCAUGGGUGGUGAUGACGCGGGUACGCUCCUAUCCUUCCACGAAUGGCAGCUAAGAGCAUUGGCGUACGCUGCCGCACAUCCGAAGAGCGCAUUGGCCCGCAUUGGUACCAUAAUUGACGGCCUCGCCGAUGAAAGUGCCCUUGCUGCGAUGCUCAAGGGCCUACCUACCGGUGAGCACGUACUGGGCGGCGACGUCUAUCCCGCACCACUGGUCGAUGAACAACUGGCCCGUCAUUAUCGAGACCGGAUUGAUAUGUUCAAUUCCGAUGGGCCAAUCUCAAGGUUGGAGCCGGGAAAGAUGGAGUGAGAUUAACUUACUAUACAUAGCCUACAUACGCUGUUUAGCCAGCAUACCUGACAUGGACAAUCGAGCAUAUCUAUUGUGUAUACUUGAAUCAGGUUCUUUCACAUCCGGAAGUGUUGAAAAGUUACAGUAAGACUGUGAUUAUGGAACAAAUUGUCCCAGGAGAUAUGACCGUAUGAAUUAUUCCAUGCAAUGUAAAUCAUAAAAUGUUAAUCCGAUUAUAUACUAGUUGGUCAUUUCCUUCUACCACCUUCAGAAACAUAAUCUUAUUCGACUUCUUAGCACUUUCCU